AUCUGGACAAACAAAUGUCAGUUCAGUUGAAACUGAACAGGAUUGCCAUCUAUGAUCCAAAUUGUCUCAACAACAAAAAUCUCCAUUUCACUAAAUCCUGAUUGGAAAUGGAAACCCUAAUUCCCAAUUCUCUCAUUCCCCCAAAAUUUAUAUACUAUUACCCUUCACUAUAUAAUCAUAAAGUUCCAAAUUUUCUCAACUUUCCCCCCAAAAGAUUGCAUUUUUACCCACCCAAAACUGUACCUUUCUGUUCGAGCUCAUCUGCAGACUCACUGAACUUUGGUGGAUGGGAUGAUAUGAGACUCGGUGGUGACUCAGUUGUGGCUGGUGAGUCUAAUCAGCUCAGUAACUUUAUGAAUUCUAUUGGAUUGAAUGACAAGAAAUUUGUGUUUGUUUAUCUUUUGGGGUUUGUUUGUGCUUUGGCUGUUUCUAGGGUUAGGGUUUCUUCUAUUGUUGUGAUCCCUGCUUGUGCUGUUGUUUUUGCUGUUGGGUUUUCAUUUGGGUUUGUUAAUAAUGGGUUGAGUUUAAAUGGGUCUGAGAAAAAAGUUAAGUUUGGUGAUAAUAUCGAUGUUGCGAUUGAGAAAAUGAAUAAUUUGAUGGGUUUGUUUGGUGGUCUGGAUGGUCGAAUAUUGGAGUUGAGGAAUGAUAUUAGUAAUUGUCUUAAAGAUAAUCGAAUUACGGUUGAUGACUUGGAAAGGUAUGUUGUGUCCAUGGAAAUGAUUGGCUCUUCUGCAUUGAAUGCAAGAAAUAUUGUUCAUGAUUGUAUAGAGAGUUUGGUGGUUGAGAAUCAAGAAGUUCAGCAAACAGAAAAGCAGCAUUCGAGUAAGAGGAAGAAAGGGACUGAUGGGAAGAAGUUUGACUUAUCUCAGUUUUUGGUUAGUAUGUUUCAGGAGAAGUCUGCAAACUUAAAGUCUCAUAAAUCAAAAGAUGUAGAUAAGGAGUCAACGAAUAUGAAGGUGGAUGAUGCGCGUAGGGUAAGCAUCUUGGCUCCUUCAGUUGAAGAAAGGCGUCGAAGCUCUGUGUCCGAUGGUAGUGUAGUAUAUGGUCGUACAAGAUCAUCUAGAGAAAAACCUGAUUAUAUACAGAACAGGAUCAAACAAGCAAAUGAUGGAACCAGAAGAACUAAAGUGAUAGCUGAAAAUGGGAGAAUAUAUACGUCAGACUUUGAAUUCAAUGCUAGUAGAGUUUUUGAGAGUAAAGAGUAUAAUUAUGAGGAUAAAAGCACAGGGUUCAUGGGUCAUGAAAAUAUCUAUAGGAAGAAAGGUAAAUACAAUACUGCUAAAGCAUAUACAUCUGGUGUUGAUUCGUUUGAUUUAGAUUUCGAUGUCAGCCAAUCAGCUGGGCACGAACCAGUAGAGAUGGAAAGUAAAGAAAACUUUGAGGCCUCCGUCCACAUUGAUCAGAGCAAAGAAGAAAUAUAUGAGAAUCGUAUCAGGGAAACGGUCAGAUCUGAGGAUAAAUCAUCUUACACUAGUACUCGAUCUGCACAAGAGACUGACUUUGCUUCUUCUACUUCUUCAAAGGUCAUUGAUGAUAUACUGUUCAACAGAUAUCUUAUGGAAGCCAAUGCCCUUUUAAAACAAGCCAGGGAAACUUUAAAGAGUAGAGGUAAUGAAGGAGAUGCAGAGAAUGCAUUGCAGGAGACUGCCCUUUUAUUAUCAAAGGCCAUAGAGUUGAAGCCUAUGAGCUUACUGGCUAUGGGCCAGCUGGGAAACACAUACCUACUACAUGGAGAACUUAAAUUAAAGGUCAGUCGUGAGUUGAGAGCUCGGCUUUGGAGAAGCAAUGCCUCAUUAUUUGAAGAGGAUUAUUAUUCUAAAGGACUAGAUGGUCAAGCUUGCAGUAAAGAAGAACUUGCAUCAGUUCUUAUUAAUGUUUGUCAAGAGUGUGAAGAGCUCCUUGUUGAGGCAGGCAGGAAAUAUAGAUCAGCCUUGUCAAUUGACGGUGAUGAUAUGAGAGCCCUGUACAAUUGGGGUCUUGCCCUGUCCUUCCGAGCACAAUUAAUUGCAGAUAUUGGACCUGAAGCAGCUCUCGAUGCUGACAAGGUGUUCCUGGCAGCAAUAGAUAAAUUUGAUGCAAUGAUGUCGAAAAGCAACACCCAUGGACCUGAUGCUCUUUACAGAUGGGGUGUCGCUUUGCAACAAAGAUCUCGUUUAAGGACAAGGAAUAGUAGAGAGAAAGUAAAGUUACUUCAACAGGCAAAGAGGCUUUACGAAGACGCACUUGAUAUGGACUCGGACAAUCUUCAAGUUAGGAAAGCCUUGGUAUCAUGCAUAUCUGAGAUGAAUUACAGAUGAAUAUAAGAUAUUGGUGAAGGGUGCCCCUGAGGUCUUUUGUUUGACACCCUCAUUUUUUACCAUUUUACCUGGUGCAUCUCCUUGAGAAUGCAAGACAAUCAACUAGUUUUGUCAGGAAUAUUAUACAGUACAUCUAACAUCAUGUCAAUUUUACAGAUGCUGAAUGUGUGAUAUACAUGUAGUCAAAUGUGCGAUAUUUUUUGGGUAGUGUAUUUUCAGGAAAUUCACCAAGUCAAUAAACUGUGUAAAUCUUAAUCUACUGUCCUCCAGUUACUCUUGUUAUUAAGGAAAUCUAAUGGAGCACUUGAUACUUA